CUCCCUAAGCCGCACCUGAGUGUAUGCACAGUUCGAAUGGGGCAUUCGUACAGCACGUGAUUGUGAAGCAGGGACCGUACAUGCAGACACGGGAGAGCCAACAACGCCGGUCAGUGACUUUGCAGGCACAAUAUAUUCUGUGUCAAUACCCACUUGUUGGUUGUUGAUUGGGCUGUUGGAUUUAUGUUGACGGAACGUCCGAAGUUCCGAGUACUUGGUAGAUUGGCUGAUGAUUGCAUCUGAGCUGUUAUUCUACUACUAUGCAGGGGCGCAGGUUUUUUCAAGCAUCAAGGAGGCAUGAUUUUCAGACCGCUCCAAUCCAAGUGCAAGAAGAAGCAUAUUGAGCAGAACUAUGACUGCCAAUAAGAAGAGCAAAGCUGGUAGUUGUUCUAGUGCGUAUAGUCUCGGUGAAACCACCAUUGGGGGCCAGCCUGACCAGUCUCGACACCUCAACACAUUUGUCAAAGAUGUAACCCUCACCAGUGUUCAAGGUUACACCGCUUGUCAUAAGAUGUCGGGCCGCCCCCUGCAUUGAACGAUGAUUCGGCAUGCUAUGAUCAACCGGCGUUGGAGGAAACCAUGGAUGUCGUAUGCACUACGCCGCGGGCCCGAUUCCUAGGACUCGGAAAUUCCGAAGUUUCAAAACCGAAAGCUAACGACUGAGGACGGACUCUGACCCCUAGAUUGGGGUCUCGGGAAGCAAUCAUAGAUUGUGAGGCUUGAAGUUUAGUGGUGAAGAUUAUCAAUGUCGUGAACACCUGAAUGGGAUAGCAGAGCUGAAAAUAAGCCAAAUAUUGGGGGUUCUCCUGGGAUGAGCGCACUCCGAUUGGGUGGCAAUGUAUUGCAGCCCUAUUUGAUGGACAGCUGCCAGGGAGAAACCCUACACGCUUAAUGCUCCGCGAUCGUGGCUGUGAAGGCAACAGUCCCCUAUUUGUUCUGUGCUGAGAUUGAAAGCUUGUCCGGGUUCUCCUAGGUGACGCUUCGGUUUGAGGCGUAGGCUCAGGGUUUGCGCACAUGAUCUGAGCAGAAUGGUGGGGGUAUGGUGAAGAUUGUGGAGGAAUGAUGAAUGGUUGGUGGAAGUGAGACAUUGGUGUAUGUAUCGAGUCUGGGACAAUGACGAUCACCACCACACCGGACCAUACAGAGUCGCCUUC